UCCAUCUUAACACACCUAUCAUAUAAACAUUUUGAAUUCAAACCCUAAAACGCAAACACUAAGAACUCUGUUCUUGAAUUUAAUAAUGUCGUCGGGAGGAUUCACCAUUAAAGGUAGAGGAUUAUGUAAUAACAAUAAUGGAGGAGGGACGGCCGGGACGAAGUGUGGACGGUGGAAUCCGACGGUGGAGCAAGUGAAGCUUCUGACAGAUCUGUUCAAGGCGGGGCUGCGAACACCGAGCACGGAUCAGAUUCAGAAGAUCUCUAGGGAGCUAAGUUUCUACGGUAAGAUUGAGAGCAAGAACGUGUUCUAUUGGUUCCAAAACCAUAAAGCUAGAGAGAGACAAAAGCGCCGCAGAAUCUCCACCGUGGAUUUUGAUCAUUGUCAAGACACAGAUCUUUCUAGGCCUCACCGAGACAACCUACGUCGUCGUCAUCAAUCACCACCUAAAGAUAUUUUUGAAGUUUGUAACGUAGAAGAGAAAGUAAUAGAGACGUUACAACUCUUCCCAUUAUCGAAGGUUGAGAGAGUGAGAUCAAACGUUACUGCUGCGAGACACAACGAAUACACGCGAGAGCAAGCCUAUACGACGGCGUUUUCCACAUUCUCAACAUGUGGGGCUGAGAUGGAACAUCCGCCGUUGGAUCUCCGAUUAAGCUUUCUAUGAAUGGAUUUGAUAUUAACGACUCUAGUGGUUGCUAAGAAAUAAAGACAUGAUGUUCAC